UUUGAAACCACCGGGAAAUCAUAUCAGACAAAGCGCCAGAUAUUUUCUUUUGAGCAAAACAUAUCUAUAACCUAUAGUUGCAUAUUUGAAAGCUCGUUACUCAAGAGGCAGGGGCAUCAGACGGUUAUCUAUUUAACUGACUAGCGUUUUCUUUGAAUGAUGGAAAAGCUGACUAUAAAUCCAAUCGUGCUUCUGGGCGUGGUUUUUGCAUGCGCGGCACUGGUCAACUGCGUGACGAAUAAAGCCGAUAAGUACAAACCUCGCUACUUUGGAGCGGACGAUCCUGAGACCAAUAAGGUUCGAAAAGAGGCGGCAAGGAUGUGGAUGGCAGAGAACCAAAACAGAGGCUGCCCUGCAAUCAUUAAGAAGAUAACUAAAGAGUGCAAGGGACGCGUUCCAACAAUAUCGAAGCCCUCCCUUGAUAGGCAAGAAUGUGAAAAAAACCUCGAACAUAUGUUUGACAAUCGCCGGUGCCUGAAGGAUACUUCAAAGAUAUACUUCCUUCGGGAAUGUCAAGAUGAAAUUGAAAAGCUGCUGCAGGAUGCUCACCAGAUGCAUGUUGAAGAACAGCGCCGUUGUCACGAAAUGGCCGAAUUAUAAAAAGUGCCCCACAAAUUACCUAAUUUACAGGAAAUUUAUUCGUUUGCUCUUGAUUUUUUUUAUUAUUAUUAUAAAAUUUUAUUUUACCCUCUUAUAUUCUAGUCGAACAUAUUCGGCUUCAUGUUCCCAUACUCUGCCCCAUGAAAUUUUUCUUUAAACAAAUGUCAUUUGUUCUGAAAAAUAGAUUCAAAGUAAGGACAGGCAAAUAAAAUAAUUUUUCUGAAUUGUUGGUUGUUGAGUAGAGACAUCGAAAAUCAGUUUCGCAAACUUAUUGCUUUCGGUUUCUAUUUAGUCGCUUCUAGGUUAGAAAAAAUUUCUUACGUAUCUCCAGUGUAUAAUAUGUGACUCUGUUAGCCCGUGGGACAAAGUAGUUUAGUCGACAUAGUUAUGAUGAUAAACCUAUCAAAACAUGUAUAAAGCAUAUUUAAGAAAGGGUGGUCCUAACAAGAUGUGUGGGGAUUUUGGGUUAACUGUGUUGGUCAGAUACUGUACUAGUAUUCGGACACCGUUGAUUUUGUCAUGUAAAUUCAAUUUAGUUAAGAUAUUGUGUUAUUAAUAUCAUAUUAGGUGAUUCGAAACUAUAACAUUCUUUAACACAUGGAUAUCCAUUAUUUCAGUACUUGUAUAACCAUGUAGGAUCAUCCCUUAAAUGUACAUUGGAAUUUUGCUUUGGGAGAUUUUAUUCUUUCAUAGUUAUGAAUGCUUUGAUUAGUCUUAAAUGAUCGCUCAGCAUAUCUAUCCAGUCGAAGUCAUCUAUACAACUGCCUUGUUUUCAAUAUGAAAAAAUCAGAAAAUUGUUAAAAUUGUGAAAUCA